ACCAAAAACAUGGAAAAGAAAAAGUUGAAAAACAGAAAAAGAAGUUAAAAAAAAAGUGAAAAAGCAAAGAUUCGCCAAUGGCAUAGCUCAACUGUUUGCUCCAUUUUGCUUUAGUAGCCAAAUAAUGCCAGUGCUUCUCGCUCACUCAUCUAUCCACUCCUCUCUUCACUUUUAGCCGCUCAAAACCACCGUCGCAGCCACCCUUCCUCCGCCGCGAGCUCAGCCACCCUCAUCAAACAACAUGUUUUCUUCUGGGUUGACUUGAAAAUCUGUCUUUUUCUCUGAAAAUCCCCAAUUUUAUAGAUUGGAAAUCAGGUAAUUCUUGACUUAUUCAUCUCUUGUUCACACUGUGUCUAUUUUUAAUUGAUUAUUAAUUAGUUAAUUACUACUAUGUUUAUGCGUAAAUUGCCGCAAAAUACAUAAAAUUUAGACGGAUUUUGAUUUUGCUCGCAAUCUUUAAAAUUUGAAAUAAAAUACACUAAAUUUUAAUUUUUUUCUGAAAAAUAGGCUUUGAUAUAGAUAGAAUUACCCGAGUAAGAGAUGUUUAAUUCGAGCUUCUUUUAGUCUUUAUGAAGGAUUUAAUUGGACUCUCAGGAAACUAGAUUUUGGUUUUGAAUAAUGACAGAAUUUGACGAAAAGAUGGGUUUUUUUGGGUCCAUGAAUGAAUAAUUUUAAAGAUCAUUUGGCAGGGGAUUCGAACUUAACAAAUAUAUACAAAAUAAAAUUAAUAUUAAAUUUUCGAUUUAAAAAAAAAUAAAAAAAAAUUAGCUAGUUUUAAAAUUUUGUUCACAUUGUAGCUGUCUUUAUUUUUAAUUAACUAAAUCCUUUUUUAUUUUGAGACAAAAAUUUUAAAUUAAUCGAUUUUUAUAUAUUUGACCAUUUUAUAUAUGAACAUAUUAUGUCCAAAUAGCAAUCUUGAUACCUUUAACCUCAAACAUUAAUUAUAUUCUACUAUUAGAUCAAUACACAUAUAAACUAAUUAGUGCAGUGACGACUUCUGUAUCAAAUUCAAGAAUGGCUGAUGAUAAAAAGGGUGCUACAUUUUCGUUGAAAGUGAUGAUCAAUAAAGAGAGAACUAAGGUACUCUUUGCAGACUCCGACAGCCAUUUUGCAGACAUUUUGUUAAGCUUCUUGAGUUUGCCAUUGGGAAGAAUUGUGAAAGUCCUCGAGAAGCACUAUGGAGACGAGGCGCCUUCCAUUGGUAGCUUAAGCAGUUUAUACCGUAGCUUAGUAAAUCUCGACAGUUCCUACUUCUGGACUGAUGGAGCUAAGCAGACUCUGCUUGAUCCAACAAGUUCAUUGGAACAUGAAUACGGGAGGCUGAAACUCGACAUCACUGAUUUUCAGCCUGCUGAAUAUUUCUAUUGUAUCGGUCUCUAUCAGUGCUCUUAUAGAUUUCGUAGCGUAAGCAUCUACUAUGAUCAUGUUAAGAAGUGCAAAUUUGGCUUAUGUGGUGGUACUAUGAAAAUAGAAGUAGUUAAGAAAGGAUCUGAAGCUGCUGCAUCUAGAGAUGGAGUUUUCACCAUGAAUACAUCAUCUUUCUUAAUCUCUGAUGAUCUCCACAUAUUUCCAAGUGAGACAGGACUCUUAGGCGUCAUUAGCUUUCUUGGCAUUACAGACAUGGAUAACGCCGAGCAAAUCAAGGUGGAUUUGGGCUUCACUGAGAUUAUGAAUUUGUUGAAGGCUUCCUUGACGUCCCCAACUCCAUUGUCGGACAUCAUCCUAAAUAAAACAACACAGCUGAUUUACUCUAAAUUCAUGGUGACUCAACCACACACUACAGAGGAAGAGAAUCCAAACAACUCGAGGAAUUUAAGUUUGAAAGUGAUGAUACAACAAUCUACUGGUAAGGUUGCGUAUGCUCAAGCAAAUAAACAGUUUGUGGAGUUUCUGUUUAGUUUCCUCUACAUCCCAUUGGUUGGAGUUGAGCAUCUUCUUGCCGGUAACACUUGUGUUAAGGCUAUAGACAACUUGUACCGGAGCACAUCCGACCUUGCAGAUAGCAAGCAUUUCAUUACCCCGGAUACGAAAAAGAGGCUAAUGACACCCAUUCUACCUCAUGGCUACAUUUCAGCACACUGCAUUUUCCCCCUCGCUGAAGAAUGCUUGCCUGCUGAGUACAAUGAUUAUCUGAACUCGUCUUCGGUUAAGUUUCCCAAUGGGCAGGGAAGUUAUCUAAAAGGAUCCCCAACUUAUCACGUGGCGGAUGAUUUAACUGUUACGCCUUUCUGCUUUGCCUCGACACUUUCCUCUCUUAAAGAGCAGAAAAUCUCGAUAUCUGAUGUCAAAGAAGUGGAGAUGCAAAUUGGGUUGAAAGAGGCUUUGAGCAUACUGAAAGCCUCUCUUACUUCUACUACUGCUCUCACUGAUGCUCUGAUGAUUCGCAAAUCACUCAAACAGCCAAAGAGAGAAGUGUGAUCCAUGCUUCCUGUAUAUAUGUUGCAAGUAUUGGCUUAUAUGUUAUAUUAAUAGUUAUGGUGCUUCAUUUUUAUUUUAAUUAUGAAUCUUGAUUUUCCAUUCGUUUGGUUCUUUUUUCAAUAUGCAAACACUAUCUUGGUUGUCAGAAAUAAUUUUUGGAAUAGAAACAUGAAUUUCUUGAAA